CGUGAGGGUCCCCAAGGUGUGGUCUGUUGUUGAGAGUCAAGUUGGGGAAGGUGCCUCGUUCCUGAGGCGGGCAGCGGCCGCCCCGCCAGGCUUCGGGGGCAGACACCCCAGAGGGCAGUGCCCCGCCCCGCCCCCUUCUCUCGUGGCCGGGAGGGCGCCAGACCCUUUUGGGGGCCGUGCCCCAGCCAGGGCGCCGCGCUGGGCGAGCGCGUCGUGAGUGCACCUGGGCUCCGCCCUCGGUGCCCCUGGCGUCCCCUCUGAUGCCAAGUUGUGCUGUCGGGCCCCCCCCCCCCCCCGCACUUCUGCCAGAGAAGGGUAGUGGCCAGAGAGGGCAGAGCUGGGGCCGUGGGCUUGGCGGGUUCCCUUCCUUUCUCCUAGCCUCCACCCUGCUGCGGUCCCUCUGGAGGCCAAGCCUGAAUGGGGGAUGCUAUGGAAUAUGAUGAGAAGCUGGCCCGGUUCCGGCAGGCCCACCUCAACCCCUUCAACAAGCAGCUUGGGCCAAGGCAGCAUGAGCAGCGGGCCAGUGAGGAGGCCCCGGACAUCGCUUCUGAAGAGGCCCUGCCUGACCUGCCCCCUGGGGAGCCAGAAUUCCACUGCACCGAGCGAGUGAUGGACCUUGGCCUCUCUGAGGACCACUUCUCCCGCCCUGUGGGUCUCUUCCUGGCCUCUGACAUUCAGCAGCUGCGACAGGCCAUCGAGGAGUGCAAGCAGGUGAUUCUGGAGCUGCCCGAGCACUCAGAGAAGCAGAAGGAUGCCGUAGUGAGGCUCAUCCACCUCCGGCUGAAACUCCAGGAGCUGAAGGACCCUAAUGAAGAUGAGCCCAACAUCCGAGUCCUCCUUGAGCACCGUUUCUACAAGGAGAAGAGCAAGAGUGUCAAGCAAACCUGUGACAAGUGUAACACCAUUAUCUGGGGGCUCAUUCAGACCUGGUACACCUGCACAGGGUGUUAUUACCGGUGUCACAGCAAGUGCUUGAACCUCAUCUCCAAGCCCUGUGUGCGCUCCAAAGUCAGCCACCAAGCCGAAUACGAGCUGAACAUCUGCCCCGAGACAGGGCUGGACAGCCAAGAUUACCGCUGUGCAGAGUGCCGGGCGCCCAUCUCCCUGCGGGGCGUGCCCAGCGAGGCCCGGCAGUGCGACUAUACCGGCCAGUACUACUGCAGCCAUUGCCACUGGAAUGACCUGGCUAUCAUCCCUGCACGGGUUGUGCACAACUGGGACUUUGAGCCGCGCAAGGUGUCCCGCUGCAGCUUGCGCUACCUGGCGCUGAUGGCGUCUCGUCCGGUUCUCAGGCUCCGGGAGAUCAACCCUCUGCUUUUCAACUACGUGGAGGAGCUGGUGGAGAUCCGGAAGCUGCGCCAGGACAUCCUGCUUAUGAAGCCGUACUUCAUCACCUGCAAGGAGGCCAUGGAAGCACGUCUGCUCCUGCAGCUCCAGGACCGGCAGCACUUUGUGGAGAACGACGAGAUGUACUCUGUCCAGGACCUCCUGGACGCCCGCACUGGCCGCCUGGGCUGCUCACUCACAGAGACCCACACGCUCUUCGCCAAGCACAUCAAACUGGACUGUGAGCGGUGUCAGGCGAAGGGCUUCGUGUGCGAGCUCUGCAGAGAGGGCGACGUGCUGUUCCCCUUCGACAGUCACACGUCCGUGUGCACUGAGUGCUCUGCUGUCUUCCACAGGGACUGCUACUAUGACAACUCUACCACGUGCCCCAAGUGUGCCCGGCUCACCUUGCGGAAGCAGUCACUCUUCCAGGAGCCCGGUCCAGAUGUGGACGCCUAGAGCGACAGGCGCCCCUCCCAGGCCUUGCCGGCAUCCAACCUGAUGGUCAUUGCCAAAGUCAAGGUUUUUCUCGUGUUCUGGAGACCCCCAAGGGUGCAGCCCCUGGACCUCUCCCCUGUGCUGGGCCAGAGGGAUGUAAGCAGCACCACAAGGACCAUCAUCUGUGCCCCGGGCAUUUGCUGGGACAAGGUGCAGCCUCGCCUGGCUCUUCCCUGGGUGUGCUGCUGUGAAGGCUGCAGGGCUCUGUAAGCAGGGAAGCGGGGAAAGCCUUCUCACCUCCCCUGUGGCGAAGAGCCUUGGCAAAGCCCAAGGCUGCUGGGUUUUGGCCACCCUGAAAGCCCCCAGAGGGCUUUGGGGGAGUGGCCGGCAAGCCCUGGGGGUGCGCCCAGCCUUGGCCUGAGGAAAAUCUGCAAUGGAUGAUUUGGAUCUACCUGGAGGCUCCCAUCCCCCAGCCCCUUGUCUGUUUGGAGACUUCCUGCUGUCCCUGGCUGGGGUUGUUCACAACUGUCUCCUGGGGGAUCGCCCCUGCCUCUUGAGGUUCUCUCUCUAGAUUGUGCUCUGACAGGACCAGCCCAGGGGCUAUCAGUUCUGUUACAACAUGCAGGGAAGGGGGCCGUGGUCUCUACCCCUGGGUGGACCAGCCACUCCUCCUGCCGUUGCUCAGCCCAGCUUACCUUGGUGCUCCAGGCUGGGUGGCUGGGGGUCCAGUUGGAAGAGGCUGUCCAGCCUCCCAGUUUGGAAGCAGGGCCUAUGUUCCUGGCGGGAGGGAGGGGGGGCGAGGAGUUCUAGGUUAGGCAUCGGGGUCGGCUGCGGUAGGCCUAUGUGGCUUCUCUGGGGACUCUGCCGGAGGAGCUCCAUGCUGCCACCACAGUGCCUGCGGAGGGCUCUGGACGGCUCAGAGACCACCAGCCAGGGGUCUUCUGUUUGGGGGCCUGAGGUACUGGGAAUAUUGGCUCAAGGGAGCUUUGGGCAGGAGGCUUAGAGCCCACGCAGGAAGCCUAAGAGGAGACGCUUGGGCAGCAGAAAGGUCGGCUUAGCCUGCUGGAGGGUUAGAGAGGUGGCUGAAGGCAGUGUCCCCUCCUCCUCGCUCCUCUGCACCAUCAGAAAAGCCUCAGCUGGUGGCUUUAGGCAACCGUCUCACUGUGUGUUCUGACCUGCCUUGGGGUAACAGUGAGAAGCAAACACUGGAGAGGUGGGGUCAGCAACAGGUCCCUGCGCUGCUUCCCCUUCCUCUCUAGGGAUGAAGAGGGACUUAGGGGCCAAAUGCCCUUUUCCUACACCCCCAGAUCCACACAUUUCUCACCACUGUUUUCCAUUUCUGUCAUAAGGAUACUGGCCACUCCUGGCUUUACUGUGUAAUGAACGUCACGUUAUUCUAGUUGUAAUCACUGUGUCCAUAGAAAGCGUUAAUAAGCUGGCAUCUGCUGGACAAAGAGUUGGCUCCCUUUUUAACAACCCCCAUAUCUCCUCCCCCAAUAUCUCCAUUUUCCUCUUCUGGAUGACAGAAUCUUUAAACAAAAUCAUGUGUGGGUCUUAGAGUCCACAGCACUCCAGCAAGAGCCCACCAAAGAACCAGUUUGCACGGCCAGCACGUCACAGAAGAGCAGCAAGGGACAAGCAGUUGUACUGACGCCAUAGCUGCUGUCUCAUUAAAUCUGUGUUCUCUAGA